CAACUAUCACAUCUUAGAAGCACCCAUCCGGAUACCACCAUUUUAAAAUCACUUUAAAUAUGGAGCGAGGAAGUAAGGUUACUGCAGACGUUCAUUCAGACCAUGGCAGCGAGCAAUAUUUUGACGAAAACAAGAGCUGUCCGUCCUGCAAACAAGAGAUUGAGCGUCUAAAGCAGGAGAACAAACGACUGAAAGAGAUAUUGGCCGAGGUCAGCGGCUAUAGGUGCGAACCUCAGGCACCGAGCAGCAGGGAAACUGCAGACGAUUUUCCGGAAGAAGGAUGGCGUGGACUAAACGAGGCGACCGGGGCAAUGAAAGGAAGCUCAGUGAUGAGGAAGACACGGAAUCACAGCUCUCAGAUGGCGGGUAUCUUCAGACAAAGUCCUGACCGCAUGGGGAGCGAGCGCAUGGACUGUGACGAAACACACAGCAGAGCGGCAAGCAAACCAUCAACCUGGUCUGCGCCCAAGCGAGAGGGAGCAGACCUCAGAGGGGCUGCAGGAGGAUGGGACGAUGGCGCGGUUGGGGAGAAUUCGCUGUCGGAGCUGAGGAAGGUUCCACGAAAGCUUAUGGGCGCGCUGCAAUUCAGCAAUUCCCACACCGUCCUUGUGGAUGUGUAUUCUUUAUCUGCAAAGGGAACCAUAGUUGCAAGAAAUGGGCUGGCUCUGUGGGAUGCCAACUCGGUGAGAAUGCCCUACAUGGAGCAGAACAUGCUGCAGGGCGAGUCCCGAUGGGAGAAGAUCAAGACGUCCCUGAGGAACCUGGAGAAGUGUUGGUUUGUGACAGCUAAAGACGUUGAGGUGGGACAAGCAGACUCUGGAAAUAACCAGUUCCAAUACUUGUAUGCAAUGACCCAAAGAAAACAAAUAUGCUCAGUUUUAAUCAGUUGAGAUUAUAAAUUAGUUUGUCCCAAAUGCAAAGUUCUCACGUUGCUCACUGUAGGAGGACUUGGCUAUCUUGGAGACCAAUGUUAAUUAUGCAAGCAACACGGACAUGUGCAUGUUCUCCAGUCAGCUGUAAACUUGAAGUGAAUAUCCAUUGCACUAUGGA